CGCUGCGAGACUUUUUUGCGUUGCUUUCGUAUAGACACGCCGUUUGCUCCGGAGAGACACUUCUCGGCGGCCACUGACAAAAAUGUGAUCGGCUGCCCUGCAUUAUGCAACUGCUCUGGGCCCUAUGGGCUGCCUGUGCCACCGCCGACGUCGUGCGGCUGCCAUCGCUCUGGGCCCUAUGGGUUGCCUGUGCCACCGCCGACGUCCUGCGGCUACCCGUGACGACGUCCUUCCACCGCCGGGGCAACACAAUAACCCAACGCGUGCGCCGCCGCCACGGCCGCCGCCUCCGGACGACGAUUCCCAUCACCGCGUGCAACGAUGCCGUCUACUACGGCGACGUGCUAUUGGGCACGCCGGGGCAGCGGCUUCAGGUCAUAUUUGAUACGGGAUCCGCGGAUUUCUGGGUCAACGGCCAGCUCUUCGACGGGAGCCAGUCGGAGACCUACGUCGGGGACGAAACCUACCCGUUCAGCGUACACUAUUCCGAUGGAGACGGCGUGAGCGGGUUCCGGGCCUUCGACACUCUUACGGCGGGAAGCGUUACAGCUCCGAGCGUGGCCUUCGGCGAAGCGGAGGCGAUGGGCAACUUCUACGUCUGCGGCGCCGAGGACGGCGUGUUCGGCCUCGCGUUCCGGGCGAUCUCGCGGCUCAACGCGCCCACGGCCUUCGAGAUGCUCGCUCCCUACCUCGACGAAGAGAUGUUUGCGUUCUCCGUCCCGACGGAUACGUUGGCGGGCGAGCUCGUGCUGGGCGGCGUCGACGAGAGUAGGUUCGUCGGCGAGCUGCAGUGGAUCGACGUCUCCACGCCGCACAAGUACUGGCAGGCCGCGCUGACGUCCGCGUCAAUCGGCGCGCAGCCGCUCGCCGGCUCCGCCGCGGUCUUCGACACGGGCACGACGCUCCUCGUGACGACGGAGGCGAACGCCUGGGCCCUCGCGGGGGCGCUCGACGCGUGGUGCUACGCCUGGGUGAACGCCUGUGCGGAAAUCAACCAGUGCGUCGGUUGCACCCGAGACACAAAGUCAUUUCGCGGCGAUGACGCGGCCGUGCUGGUUCCGUCGAGCGGCGAGGAACCGGCAUCGCCACGCCAUCGAGCAGGCGUCGCGUCGAUGGCGUGGAGGUCGACGCGAUGAUUCAGCACGAACGCGCCGUAAAAUUUUGAUGUCCACACAGGUGAACGCGACGAGCUCCUACGAUGUGCGGCGCUGCGCCGAGGCCGACGCGGCGGCUCCGUUCCCGGACCUCGUCGUGGCGCCGUGCGGCGCCGGCGACGAUCUGGUCUUUCGCUUCGGCGCCGUCGAGGCCCGCGUGCCGCGCGACCAAUACCUCUACGGCCAGGACUGCGACGAGGCCCUCGAGUUCCGCGACUGCCGCGGCGUCUGCUGGCCGAACGAGUACCUGAGCUGGAUCGACGACGUCUACUGCGACGACGGGUCCGCAGGCAUCUUCCUGAACUGCCCGCGCUUCGGCUGCGACUUGUGCCCCGAUAACGACUGUAUCGAGGACCCGGCCGACGACGCGUGCCUCCUCUCGGUCGCCGCGGACGACAGCGUCGGCACGUGGAUCCUGGGCGACGUCUUCUUCUCGGCGACGUACGUGGCGUUCGACCACGGAAACGCGCGCCUCGGCCUCGCGCCGCUCGCGUCGGGAUCGGCGCCGGUCCCAGCGCCCCUGUCGCCCGCACCGUCGCCCAGGCCCUCGCCGGAGCCGGUGCCGGCGCCGACGGUAGGAACCCUGUCGUCCGACUCGUCGCCUGGGCCGACGGUCGCGCCGACGGUCGCGCCGGUGACCGGAGACAUGACAUUCUCCGGUCUGAGCCUCGCGGUUGCGCGGGCUAACGAGGCCGUGCUCGUCGAUACGAUCGCCGCCAGCGCCGGAGUCGAAGACACGUCGCGCGUGAGCAUAGUCAUCGCUGCCGCUGCGCGGCGCCGCCUCUCGGACGGCGUGGUCGUGACUUACACUAUCGCCACCGACACGACAGCAGACUCCGACGCGGUCCUCGGCGCGCUGUUGGCCCUCACCACGGAAGAUGCCAAGGCAGCCCUCACGACCGCGGCGGCGGCGCACGGCGUCGCCGCGACCUUCGCAACCGUCGAGAUCACGCAAAUACACGCAUCGUUGUUUGACUACCGGGUUCCGGCGCCGACCGCGCAGAGGCCCGCCGCUUCCCGACGGCGUCGCCGCGCCGGGGCCUCGCCGGCCGCGAAGACCGCGCUCGCCGCGACGCUCGCCGUCGUCGUUGCCGUGGUCGUCAUCGCCGUGGCGGUCUGUGCCUGGCGACGACGGCGGCGACGGCGCCAAGAAACGUACAACAGCGUCGAACUGGCGACCAAGAGCCUCGAGCUCUCGGACCUCGCCGUCGACGAGAGCGGCGCGUGGAUCAUGGACGAUGUAGCUAACCCUAUGAGAUAAGUAAAUAGGCUAGGCAGGC